AGACCUGUACGCAACAUGUACUAGAAUGUGCAGUAUGCCCAAUCUUGCAACGCGAAGAAUGUCUUGCCUGAUCGAGUAUUCACUUCGAGGAUCGACCACCGCCGUACCUUCCUAACGGAUUGGAUCACGUGCCGUCGCGACAUUGCGCUAGAAGCAUCUCCGCCGAUCUGCUUGAGCAGCCUUGUAACCAUGUCGCCCAUUCGGCGCUAUCUGCGCAUCACCAAAUAUUCGGUGCUUGAGGUCCGCAUCUAUUUGGAGAAGCCAUCGGAUGCUUCAUGGCUGCUCUCAUCCCGCGAGCCCGUGUUACACCGUAUCAUUGAGGCAGUCCGGCCACUGGUGCUCCCUAAGCUGCGCGAGGAAAACGAGAAUGCGAAGAAGAAGAGCAGCAAGAAGCAGAGGGGCAUCAAAGAUGUCGUUGUACAAGAUGACUUUGAAGUGACUAUCUUCCUGACUGAGCUCUCCACUCGCCAUUCGCUACUCACAAAGCAGAAGCACUUCAGCGACAAGCCGAAGCUUAAGUCGACCAGUAAUAGAUUGACCGGGUGGUUGAAGAAUGACAGCGCGAAUCCGAUUCACGUUGAGGAGGAUGAGGAGGCACCAGAAGUGCUGCGGGAGGACGGCGAUGACGUUCCAGAGCUAAGGGACAUACCGGAAGUCGGCGAGGUUGGCAAGAGGAAAGGCGGCGACGCUGAGGACGAAGAGCCGCUAUUCGUCAGCUCCGACGACGAAGAGUUCUUCGCGACGCAACGAGAGCGUAGGAGCAAGCGACGGAAGCGCAACGAGGCAUCGGGUGAUGCGGAGCCGGAAGAACCAGCGGCGCAAGAUGAUAAGAAGAAGCUGGCUCUAGACACAUCUUACGAUGGCUUCAGUAUAUACGGGCGCAUGAUCUGCUUGUUGGUGAAGAGGAAAGGCAAGAAGGCGCAAGUAGGCGGUGCACCUGUCGGUGGUAGCCAGAUGAUGGAGGAAUGGGUGAGCACGCAAGCGGCGCAAGAGGCUGGUCUGAACGACGAUGAUUGAUGGCUCAGUACGAGCGCCCUACGGGUGCCAACAGGACACUUUUAACUUGUCAUUUCCGCAAUGAGUCGAUCUAGCAGGAAGACCACGAGCUAUCUGGAUACAAUUUUGACAAUCCUCAAGACUGGUGCAGAUUCACGGCAGAGUAGAAUACCAAGCGGUCGGUAAAGCGCCGAUCACAUCCUGCGCGAUAAGGCGGCAAACAUCCAGAGUUAUUCAGCUCGUGGGCAAUGUACCGUCCAGAUGCGCAACGCCCAUGUGAGUG